GCCUCACACACUGAGGAGAAUGUAGCUAUACCAGGGGACAUAUUCAGGCUGGGGAAAAGGAGGCUCCUGUCAGCGAGACACGGACCCAGGGUUUGACUGAGAGGGUAGGGAGCAACUCCACGCUGGAGGCUUUGACCAUGCCGACUCUGUCCAAGUGUCUCUUACUCCAAUUGCUCAUCGUGCAGGCGCUCGGAAGCCAGGGCAGAACCCUCAGUAACAAGCCCAGGCUGAAGCUGUCUUACAAGGAUCUAGUAUCUCGAGGGGCUAUCACCUACAAGCUGAAUUAUUCCUGCUGUUACAACACACUGUUGCUGGAUGAGGAGAGAGGCAAAUUAUUUGUGGGAUCGAAGAAUUACCUCAUCGCUCUCAACUUGGAAAACAUCAGCAAACAUGACAAGAAGAUUUACUGGCCAGCCCCUGUGGAAUGGAGGGAAGAGUGCAACUGGGCGGGCAAGGACUUGCAUGCGGAAUGUGCCAACUUUAUUAAGGUGCUGCAUCCCUUCAACAGAACCCAUCUGUAUACCUGUGGAACUGGUGCUUUCCACCCGGUCUGCGCCUACUUGGAAGUGGGGAGCAAAUGGGAUGAGCACCAGUUCCGAAUUGAUUUCAACCAAAUUGAGGACGGCAAAGGGAGAAGCCCUUACGAUGCCAAGCAUCUGUCAACCUCCAUUCUGAUUGGCGAAGAGCUGUACUCGGGGGUUGCCACUGACCUGAUGGGCCGUGAUUUCACCAUCUUCCGGAGCCUCGGGCAUCGCCACUCCAUCAGGACAGAGCAGCAUGACUCACGCUGGCUCAACGAUCCCAAGUUUGUGGGCUCCUUCUGGAUCCCGGAGAGCGACAACCCAGACGAUGACAAAAUCUACUUCUUCUUCCGAGAGAUGGCUGUCGAGGGGCAGAACCUGGGCAAGUCCACCUUCUCGCGAGUGGGCCAACUGUGUCGGAACGAUCACGGAGGUUUGAGAAGCCUGGUGAACAAAUGGACCACGUUCCUGAAGGCCCGGUUAAUCUGCUCGGUCCCAGGAAGUGAAGGGAUUGACACUCAUUUUGAUGAGAUCAGGGAUGUCUUCUUCCUUCAGACUAGAGAUCGCAGGAACCCUUUGGUCUACACAGUCUUCAGUACAUCAAGCAAUGUCUUCAGAGGCUCAGCUGUGUGUGUCUACAGCAUGAACGACAUUCGCAGAGCUUUCCUAGGACCCUUCGCCCACAAAGAGGGACCAAACUAUCAGUGGGUACCAUACCAAGGCAAAGUGCCGUAUCCCCGGCCAGGAAUGUGUCCAAGUAAAACUUUUGGGGGCUUUCAGUCAACCAAGGAGUUUCCUGAUGACGUUGUGUUGUUUGCUCGUAACCAUCCCUUGAUGUACAAUCCCAUCAACCCAAUUGGCCAUAGACCGAUCCUGGUGAAAACCAAUGUUGACUACAGCUUCACUCAGAUAGUGGUGGAUAGAGUGGAUGCAGGUGAUGGGCGCUAUGACGUCAUGUUUAUUGGAACAGAUAUCGGGACUGUUUUGAAAGUCAUCUCAGUGCCAAAGGAAAGUUGGCAGAACAUGGAAGAGCUUCUUCUUGAAGAACUGCAAGUAUUCCAGGACUCUGCACCUAUAACCAGUAUGCAACUCUCAUCAAAAAGACAACAACUGUACAUUGGCUCAGACACCGCCAUCUCCCAGCUGCCUUUACAACACUGUAGCAUCUAUGGGAAAGCGUGUGCCGAGUGCUGCCUGGCCCGAGAUCCCUACUGUGCCUGGGAUGGAAACAGCUGCACCAGAUACCUGGCAAACACCAAAAGGCGGUUUCGACGUCAAGAUGUGAGGAAUGGAGACCCCAAUACGCUCUGUUCAGGAGAUCGCCAUCGUCACAGGGUCACAGAGAAGAAGCUGUAUGGUGUUGAAGGUAGCAGUACGUUCCUGGAGUGUAUCCCCAAAUCCCUACAAGCGCAGGUCACCUGGACAUUCCAGAAACGUUCAGGAGGACCGAGAAAUGAGGUUCGUUUGGAUGACCACAUCAUUAAGACUGACCGGGGCUUGCUGCUGAGGAGUAUACAGCGCAAGAACUCUGGCUCCUUCUUCUGCCAUUCCAUGGAGCUGGACUUCACCCAGACUCUCAUGCACAUCUCCCUGGAGGUGAUCAAGCUGGAGCAGGCCGAAGAGCUGCUCCGCAAAGAGCCAGCGCUGAGCCGGGGCUCCUCCUUCCCCAACCAGAAGGUGUGGUACCGGGACUUCCUGCAGCUGGUCGACCACCCCAGCCUCAAGACGGUGGACGAGAUCUGCGAGCAGGUGUGGAGACGCCGGAGCAAGCAGCCCAAACACAAGCGCACGCCAGGCCGCCACCUCCAGACCAAGUGGAAGCACCUGCAGGAGGCGAGGAAGGGCAGGAACCGGCGAACGCAUGAGCUGCUGCGCGCUGAGCGGGCUCCCCGUAGCGCUGUCGUGCAGUGACCGUCAGCGAGAGGAGAAACCAAUCGACGGAACAAUCCCAGGAGUGAUGGCAAAGACUGAAGUGAUGUCCAGUGGGUGUGUCUCGCACCGACUUUCCUCGCACAACGUUUACAUGAACCACUGAGUUCUCUCGCUAUUGAAACCACUAUGACACUAACAUCCAUCACUUGCGUUCUUACGUGUUAGGAAUUACUGCUCAUAUUUAAGGCUAUGGAUAGCAAUAAUAAAUACUAGGGCUUAUUAGGAUAGCCAGCAACCUCUUGGGUUGUGGGAGGCUGGUUCUGUCCCUUUGGGCUUCAUGAUAGAUGCAUCUUGUGCCUUGGGAGAGUCUUCCCUCUCUUUCCAGUAUUGUCAAGAACAUUGCUCAGAGAGACUGGAGACUGGCGUCGUGGGGAUAAGGGCUUGCUGGCUGGCCAAGAGUUUUUUUUAACCCUUUGAGGCUCACAUAAUCCAAAUCCCACCAAUGAAGGUGUCAUUGUGAAUGGGAAAAUUGAUGAAACAUUCAUGUGAUGGAAGCCAAGCGCUCUUGCUUCUGUGCCCAUUGGCAGUUAUGAUAUUUACGUAGCUUUGCUGUCUCCUAUGUCAACCCAGUUGAAUUACGUUCCAAAUGGUUGACAAAAUGACCCAGUAAAUUGUUUAGGUUUGGAUAUAUAUGGGCUGAGAAAGGGUUAAUUGGAGAUUCAGAGAGCUCCUGAAGGAAGUGGUGCUCUAGCGAAACUUUCCCUCUUUCCUCUUUAGGUUUGACCCUAGAGCAAGGUGUUGGUGCCUAUGGGACUUGCUGCUACACUUCACGCAUCUCAUUUGUUUAAGCUGGCAUUGCAUUGUACAGUCGCAAAACUUUGCUCAAUUCUUCACCUUUCAUCACUCCAUGCUCUGGACAUUAGAAGGGUCCGCUCACAAUGAAUGUACAGCGCAGUAACAGUCAAGAAUUACUACACACGCACAAGAAAAUAUUUCAUGGAAAGUGCCUUGAAAAGUAUUCGGGCCUGGCACUGGGAACUGACAAGAGAAUGAACCUUUAUUCAUCUCCUCCUUUGAGCUGAAACGCAACAGUGGUGACUUCGUGGAAGGGUUAGUCAAAGUCAAGAGUGGUCCUGCUACCUUCCUCCUGUACGAAACCAAUUAUGUUCUUGCCACUGCUUAAGGAGGGGGAGAAGAGGGGCUGAGGGUGGGAUGGGGAGGGGAGGGGGGUGUGGGGGGUAGGUGGUGGUGGGGUCGCAUCAGACAAGUAACUAGCACAGAAUACAGGGCAGACGACAUGUUUGGCAUCAUGAGCAAGGUCAAAAAUUCAACGGUUAUUCAUGUAUACUCAGCCCGCUAUUGAACCCAAAAUUUCAACCUGUAUGGAGAAAGAUUACAACUGAGGCCUUACAGACUUUCCAUUGGGAGUCAUCUAUGAAUGUCAAAGGGUAGUGACGAGUGCCGUAUUAUCUGUGAGGGACUAUUUGUAUUAUGCAUUGAGGUACUAAAUUGUCACUGUUCAAAGUUUCCAAUAAACUGUUUUGAUCACUAAAGCUUAGGUUUAAGACAAAUUGUGUGUGCAUGACCGUGAGCUGAAUAGGGGUCAAACUAACAAGUGUUAGAACGUUUGCAAUGGUACUAACAAUGAAUGAAAUUAAGGAAGACUGAAGUCAGAAGCAUGGCAAAACACUUUGCGAGCAGCCAGUUCCUUGAUGCCCACUUGCUGAUUCGAACUCUGAGCAGAAAGGGAUUGGAUGGAAGUUGCUGAGAAUGGAAGAGAGUGGGAGAUGUUAGUAAGAAGCAAGGAGGAGAUGUGGAUCUGUGCAUCAGGGCUCAGGUACAAGUGUAGCGUUUGCAGGAAGUUUUUCUACAGUAACAUUUCUGAUGAGGUGAAGGGGCACAAUUCAGUUUUGGAUCCUGAAAAAAGUGGCCACAAGGACAGAGCAAUCAUCCAAAAAUUAAGCUCAGGAAUAAAAGGUAACUAAAACUCUUAGAAAAAUGGUAUGGUGGUUGGUACUGGACAAAUCGAAAAAUGAGGUUGAAAAAGAAACUGUGUUUGAUUAUUAAUCAGUUAUUAACCAAAGUCCUCUUACUCUUUUAAUCUUAUCUCUUUAUUUGUAUCUCUCUGUCUGUACCUGUUUGUAUAUUUGUCUCCCAUGUAUCACUGUCUGUCACCCUCUAUUUCUGUUUCUGUCUCUCACUCUUGGGGAAUUGGGAGAAGUUUCGGUGUUUUGAUCUCAGCAAUGAAGAGGGAAGAGGACAGGGAGUUUGAUCCAGUAGAUUUCUUGUGUCAAGGCAAAAUUCUGCAGAUGCUGAAAUUCUGAAACAAAGAGAAGGCUGGAGAAACUCAGCAGGUAUGGACACAUCUGUGGAGAGGGAAACAGUUAAUGUUUUGAAUCCAAUUUUACUACUACAGAACACAUUUUAGAUUUCUUGUGCCCUUGUCUCUUUCUAACUCUGUCUUUUUCUUUCUCUCUCUCCCUCUAUCUCUCUCUCUCUCCCUCUCCUAUACGUAUAUUCCUCUUUAUCUCUGUCUCACUGUAUCUAAGUCUGUCUCUGUAUCUCUAUGUCUUUAUAUAUUUAACUCUCUAUCUCUAUAUAUCUAUCUAUCUACCUCUCUCCUUAUCUAACCUCCCAUCUCUGUCUCUCUGUAUAUAUAUCUAUCUAUCUCUCUAUCCUCCUCUCUCCUAUCGAUCAUCUCUAUCUAUCUAUCUAUCUGUCUAUCUAUCUCUGUGUACACUCUGUCUGGACGUUACUUUAUGUUAGGUCUCAUGAGUAGAACUAGGGACAGAACUAACACCAGUUUGAUAUCAGAUACUGUGAUAUAGGAUAUUUUAGAAUCUAUCAGGAUAGUUUUAUUCACCAUUAAUUAUCUUGUGAUAUUAAUUAUGUGGUUAGAUGAAAAAUGUAUUUGGUGAGAACUUAGUUUGCCCAGAAUACAGUUUGCUCUCAAACUGAGUGAUAGGGAUCACUUCUGGUUACGUGACUGCCAAAAGGAAAGAUAGUGGAAGGGUAGGAGAGAUUUGAAAAUGUACUGAAGAACUAUCUCACUGCUGUAUUUGUGGUUGGUCUGUUGAAGAAUGGCUUUUGGCAUUUGCUGCCACUUUGUGUGAAGUGUAGUUCCUUUACUUUAGCGAUAAUUAAUCAGACAUUGCAUGAAAGUUCAAACAGAUCAUUUGGGUAUGAGGCCUUUUCUAUCUGUCAUGGGUUGGAAAUGACUGAGACUUGAAUGUUUUGCAGUGAGAAACAUGUUUAACAAAGCAAUUUAAAUAGUGUUUCUAGGAGCAGUUGGGAGGUUUUUCGGGGAGGGGUUACAGAGGCUAUACUUGCUGUUCCAUCACAAAUGGAGCAAAGGGAUUGGCGGCUGAACGAGGUGCAGAAAUCAGAGGAUGGAAGAACAUGGGAUGGCGGUAGGAUACAGGAGUUGAUGGAGCAAGGAUUGGGAUAAAGACUGUAGAAGAGAUUGAGGACUGGGGAGGUAGAUCAAGAGAAUUUGGUGGGGGAAAGGAUGAAGGUGGCACUGGGUAGAAUUUGUGUGGAUUGGAAAUCGGGAAGCCAGUGAAGAGGGAUAUAUGCUGAAGAUAACCUGACUGUAGUGGAAAUAGGAGAAAAGGGAAUUCCAUAUGAUGGGAGAUGGGUGAAGAGCUGGGGAUAGAGGUGAACGGUCAUAAGACACAGGAGCAAAAGUAGACCAUUCAGCCCAUUGAGUCUGUUCUGCCAUUCAGUGAGAUCAUGGCUGAUUUGAUAAUGCUCAAUUCCAUUUUCCUGCUGUUAUUUCCCCCAAAACCUCUUGAUUCCCUUACUGAUUAAAGAUCUUUCUAUCUCAAUCUUGACUAUGACCCAGCAUCAAUAGCCUCUGUGGUAAAGAAUUCAGCUCAGAGAGAAGAAAUUCCUCCUCAUCUCCAUCUUAAAUAUGUGUCCUAUUCUGUCAUGGAGGUGGAAAUGAGCAGUUACAAUGAUGAGAGGCAAAGCAACGGAUCAAAUAAAGUGACCAGGUCAAACAAGUAUUUGGAAGGUGGUAGCUGUCACUGUUGUAGUCUAAUCCCUCAGUAUUUACAUAGGACACCACGAGUCUUGGAAAAGCAGUGAGUACUUGUAUUAACCACUGCUCAUCGAAAAUAGAUAACCUUUCUCUUCUGUCUACGCUUGAACCUGGGUCUCGAAGGACAAUAUUUUUGGACACAUCUAUCAUUCUUUAUUUAACCUUGGGUUUCAUACUUGAAACAAUGGACGUUUAGUUCUUGUCCAACUACCUAGCCUUACUCAUUGUCUAGAGAUUGCAAUAGAGACCAGACAAUAUUCUGAACUACUGAGCUACCUGGUCUCCCUGGAAGUGAUUGAAUAAAUAUGAUGGACAGGGGAAAAACAACAAUGGGGCCCAUUGAUCUCUAGACAUCCUGAUGCCCUCCCACACCUGCUCCUAAUUCAUAUCUGAGGAAAUUGGGAGUCAAUUAAUGGGGCUUGGCAGGAAUGUGGAUUUGAGGCCACAAUUGAAGCAGGCAUGACCUUAUUGAAUGGUAGCACAGAUAAGUGGGGCAGAAUGGCCUACACCUGCUCCCCAUUUGUAUGUGAGGAAAAGUGGAUGAAUGUAAGUAUUAUGAUUCACAAUUGCCCAGUAACCAGCAGCUACACAAUCUUCUAGAUGAGGCAGAAAAACCAGGUUCAAAAACAUUCAAGUCCAACGUUGCAUGGGGUGAAUCUGAAAGUGAACUGACUUGCUCCCUGCAUGUAUUUCAAUCUAGUCCAAGGUGUAAUGCAUGACUUCUCUGACUCAGGGUUCCAUCUGCUCUUGGCAAUGCUGUGAAUUCUGUCCCAAGUAAGAACUCUCUGUUGGAAGUAGGCAGUGCAUGAACCAAUGACUAGUUCCAGAUGUUUACCAUCCUUUGAGAAAUGACAGAACAUCCUGACAUCGAAACUUGGUUCUGCCCCUGUACUGUGUUAACCUUUGAUCUCUGGUCCUCCACCAUCCAUCCACUUGCAACAAUCUAUCAAUAUGUACAUUUCAUUAUUCUCCGUUCUUUAUUUUGAACAUGUAGAUGGCUGUGGUUGAGUCCGUACCUCUGGGCCAGAUUCAACUCCCAGAUGCAUCCCAUGUGUCAUAUCAUCUUUGAACAGAUUGAUCACAAGUACUUAGUUUGAACAUUUCAAUUGGAUUACCUAGAUUAUAGGCAUCCUAAGAGCUUAGCUGACAUCAGUAAAUCCACCUCUGCAACUUUGUCUGUAGAAACUAUACCUGAAGGGCACACAUUGGCAAACCCAGACCUUUGAGUUGUGUUGGUACCCGAUUAUUUUUGACAAAGUACUGGAAUGUUUGCCGUCAGCAAGGCUAACUGACUGCCUCUCCUGCUCUAACCAUUGGAGUAUUGGAAGGAAUUGCAGCUUGACAUUCAACCUAUUUUGUCACAUUCGAACCCAGCUCCCUUGGCUGUCAAAUCCUAGGGUGGGUCUCCAACCCAGGUCUGCUGGCUCUGCGCUGGGACCCUUCCCACUGCGCCAGUUGUUGUGUGCCCCCUUUGAUCCCAAUGUUAGCCAUUGGAGGGGUCCAAAACUAACACACAUCCCAAGUGAGGUCUAACUGCUGUCUCAUGCGCAACAAAAUGCUGUAGUUUGUUUUUGAUUGGAACAUCUUGAUGUUAUAACCUCACACCCUGUUUGCUUUUACUAGUGUUUCACAAUGCUACUUAUGAAUCUUGAGAAUUAUGUACUUUAAUAUCAAUAUUUUUUACAAUAUCCCUUGUUGGGGCUUGUUGCAAUUGUCCAUGGACAGUACAAUUUUAGAUGAGCAGUUGGUUAUAGAAGGUGCAACUUUCCACGGUUACAUGACAUUGAUCAAACGCAAGCCCAUUCCCUCAUUCACUGCGGUGGCUCAGUAGUUAGCGCUGCUGCCUCAUAGUGCAAGGGACCCAGGUUCAAUCCCAGCCUGGGACGACUGUGUGUGUGUGUGUGGAGUUUGCACAUUCUCCUCAUGUCUGUGUGGGUUUCUGUUUGGUGCUCCAGUUUCCUCCUACAGUCCAAAGGUGUGAAGUUUAGGUGGAUUGGCUAUGCUAAAUUGCCCAUAGUGUCCGGUGAUGUGCAGGCUAGGUGGAUUAACAAUGGGAAAUGCAAGGUUACAGGGAUGGGAUGCUCUCUGAAGGGUUGGUGUGGAGUUAAUGGGCCGAAUGGCCUACUUCCACACUGUAGGGAUUCUAUGAUUGCAUAAAAAUCAGCUUGCUGUAGUUUAACCUCACUACAGGCCUAACACACUUACAGAGCAUUAACUAAUAUGCAAUGGUCUAAGGGUGAUAUUAAUGAUUCAUACUAAAAUGCUGACUAAUAUGUUUCCAUAUUGUGUCAGAGCUCACUGUCUUAAACCAAAGAUUAUGUAAACAGCCAGGCUCUGAAUUAUAUCCCCUGGGUUCAUUGAAUGGUGGUUUAAGGAAUACACAUGCCUUUUCAAUACUGUACAGACAGUGAUGUGGUUUUUAAUUAUUUUGCAUUAAUGUCUAAAUUUUCUGUUAAUAAAU